GUUGGCUUAACAGUAACUGGACUGAAUUAAAUGGCAAGCAGGUAUAUUUACAUGUUCAUAAUGUGAUGCGAUACGUUUAUCAUAUCAUAAAAUUAUUUUCACGAUGAGAUACGUCUUUGUAAGGAGGAUCAUUAUUAUCAUUUCGAUCUUAUGGGUAUUCAGCAUGCUAUUUUUUCAAAUGAUAUAUUCCACCAAAGGGAUAUUUGAAAAAGUAAAUCAUACUUAUUUCGCGGAUAAGCUUCUUCAAAAUAAGAUAAACUUAGUAGAAGUAUCUGCAAAGAGCGACGACAAUCAGUCAUUCAUAAAAUACACCAGAACUGGAGGCAUCACCACUGAUGUCAUAUCACAUUUUGAAAAUCACAUGGUACUUCGAACCAAAAAUACAAACGAAGAAAGAAUAUGUAGUUGCGGAUGUUGCCAGCGGAAAGGGAAGAGUGUCACUAUCGUAACUGCGCUGUUUGAUAUAGGAAGAAAGCGUUGGCCGUCAUACAAACGAACCUACCAAGACUAUCUCAAUUUCGCUCAAAAUGUCCUUAAACUUGACGUGAAUUUAGUAUUUUACGUUGAGGAAAAAGGACGCUAUUUUGUUGAAAAACAUCGACAGGGAAAGGAACACAAAACUGAAGUCGUUCUCACUGACUGGAAGAAUUUUACAUUUUAUAACUAUCUAAGUGAAAUGGAAACGAUCAUGGGAUCAAAGGAAUUCAAAUCCAACCACCAACAAUUGAAUAAUCCUGAAGGAUUUUCACCAUUAUAUAAUUUUCUCAUGAGUGCAAAAUUCUUCAUCAUGUAUGAAACGACACUUCGAAAUACAUUUCAUUCUGAUUAUUUCUUUUGGAUGGACGCUGGUUAUGGUCACGGUAAUAGUGACAUCUUUCCACCCGAGGAUUGUCCCUGGGCCCCUUGCAACAUUCUAAACGAUACGAUUUCAUAUAUUAGACUCGGUCCUACCGACGUCUAUAAACCAAACAUCAAUCGAUUGUACAAAAUGGCUGUACCUCCAGUCAUUAAUGGCGGGUUUUUCGGAGGAUCUAAAAAAGUCAUACAAAACUUUUAUAAACUUUACAAAGAUGUUUUGGAGGACUGGUUAAAGAAUGGCAGGAUUGAUGACGAUCAAACUAUUGCUUUGGCUUGUUAUUUUGAAAGGCCAAGCUUGUUUAAUCUUGUGCCUGGAGGUUGGAAAGACGUAUUUAAAUUGUUCAAUUAACUGGUGCAUUAUAUAUUUCAGCGAUAAAGGUCUAUGUAAUAUUCUGUGCAUAUACCUUUUCAUUUAUUUAGACAUAUUUUACAGUGUUACAAAGAGAUGCGUCUACAUUAGUAUAAAAUGAAAGCUAAUAGCUUCAUAAAUAAAGCUUUUGAAUGGUGAAAAACUGCAUGUUUUUAAAAUAAAUUUGGCCAGGGAGGGUUCGCUCGAACCGUACGGUCGAUCAUUCCUGCG